AUGGAAGAAGAUAAUAAUAUCGAUUCCAAUCCUAUAACUCCAGCUGGAACUGGAGCUCGUUCAACACCAACAACCCCACGCGGUCAAAUAUCAAGUCCAAGUGACAUAGGAUCACCAAAUCCAUUCAGUGGCGAUGAAGAUGACAAUACUUCAGUAUCAUCUUCAGAGAGUGAAACUCUUGGAGUUGUCAUUCCAACCAAAUCAAAACAAGAUUUAAGUUUAAAAAUAGAUGAAAUUAGAAGAUCAAAAGAUAAUUUCCCAUUGGCAGAAGGAGAAAAGAGUGUUAGACUACGUCCAAGAAGUUCAAGUGUAAAUGGAGGACAACAAGAAAAAGAAAAAGAUACCAACAACAACAACAAUAAUAAUAAUAAUAAUACAAGUAAUCAAAAUAUAGAAGAAAUCAUUACGGUUAGUGGUGGAUCAAGAACACCAAGAAAUCCAAUGGUUGAUUUAACAUCGACGAUUAAAAAGAGUGAUAGUGAUUCAUCGAUUGAAGUCGAUGAAGAUGAUGAAGAUGAAGAGGAUUAUGACGAGAAUGAUGAUGAUGCCGACAAUGACACGAUCAAAAAUGAAAAGGGACAUACUGAAAUGCACGAAUUGUCCGAAGACAAGAUCAAAGGUCAAAAGGAAAGAGAUGAAGCCAAAAAGAUUAAUAACCGUCGUCUUCAAUUGCACUGGGCCACUCAUCUUGCCGAAGUGUCAUUGGAAUAUGGAAAGGUUACGAUUGUAGCGUUGGUAGCAUGCAUCAUUAUGAUUAUCUUGGCAUAUGGUUUUUCAACACAGUCUUGGAUCAAACGUGGUAAUGGAACAACCGACUAUUUCUACAAAAACAGUGUGACGGUGUUGACAUCGACCUUUUUCAUCAUUGGUCUUGCCAUCUUUACCGGUAUCCAGUUUUGGGCGGUCUUUGGUAUGAAACGUAUGCUACAAACCAAGUUUUACUUGUGGGUGGUGGCAGCGAUUGGGUUGUUCCUCGUCGUACCAUGGGGUAUGAAUGCAGGAGACCAAUCGUACUGGUACUGGCUCGGUGACGUCUUGUUGUUGAUUAUUGGAUACACUGGAUUGUGCUUUGUCAUGGGAUACGUCGGAAAGAGCUAUCAAACCAACCCCGAACGUAUCAAAAACGGGUUCGCCUUUCUCGGCACCGAGUUGCUCGUAUCUGCCUGUGCUCUUGCAUACGGUAUGUUUUUGAUCCAACUCUACUCCAACUUUUCCAAUGUCUCCAAGAUUGCAUGGCGUCUUUUGGUGCAUCCAAUCUACUUUGAAAUAUUCAUGAUGAUUCCAGUACGUCUGCUAGUCACCAAGCAAAUGGAACGCAAGGGUGUCAAUAUUAUGCACAGUCUUGCCGUCGUCCAUGCACAGGCUCAUAUCUCCACCCUCGGACGUAUGAUGAUUUCAACUAUCAACCAGACCGAGUUUACCAUCGUGUCUGUCCUGCUCCUCAAUAUCGGCAAGCUCGUGUUCCGUUCGUCUGUCCAACUGCGUGACCGUCUCGCCUCCAACAUGAUCUCCAAGAUCACACAUCACGAACACAAAGAAUCCAAAAAGUUUGUUAGAGCCGUCGGCAUGUACACCGAAAUGAUUAUGGAGAACUCGUCCAUCCCAGCCUCUGCCUUUACCAUGUGGGUAUUCUACGAUAACCGUGGUCUCUUUUUCUUCCCAUACCCCGAUGGAGGUACUUUUACCCUCGGCGAGGCUGCUCUCAACUCGUUCAUCCAAUUGAUCGGUGCCUUUGUAUUUGAUAUCAUCACUCUAUGGAUCAACGAGCGUUACUUUGGUCUACCACUCGAACGUGCCUGGAAAAAGAUGCGUGAGAAUUGGGCUCCCUUCUUUGGCUUCCUCAUCUAUGGUAUUGCCACCAUGGGUAUGGGUGGUAUCAUUUGGAUGGCUUGCAAACUCCCUCGUUUCGUCACUUGUUCAAGUCACGACGUUUGCAGUUGUAAAUUUGUUGAAGAUUGUCAAGAAUUUAUUGAUACUCGUUUAUCUUAA